CCAGGUUUUUCCUUUUUAGAAUAUUCCAGUUCUAUAAAUUGCGCCAUUUACUAACCGCUUUCGUCAUUUUGUGAGAAAUCUCGUCGAGUUCAGGUGCUCGUUGGAUUAUUGUGAUAUUAUUUAAUUCGCCGGUUCGAUAUCUUCAAAUAAGACAUCAUGCCUGUGCCAGACAUCCAAAAACCAGCUCCUGAAUUUGCAGGUACUGCUGUAGUUAAUGGUGAAUUUAAAGACAUUAAACUCAGCCAGUACAAAGGAAAGUACUUGGUACUAUUCUUCUAUCCAUUGGACUUCACUUUUGUGUGUCCAACUGAAAUCAUUGCCUUUUCUGAUCGCAUUGAUGAAUUCCGCAAGAUUGGAUGUGAAGUUGUAGCAGCCUCUUGUGAUUCUCACUACAGCCACUUGGCUUGGAUUAAUACUGCACGUAAGGAAGGUGGCCUAGGACAAAUGAAUAUCCCCCUUCUUGCUGAUAAAUCCAUGAAAAUUGCUCGUGAUUAUGGAGUUUUAGACGAAUCAUCUGGAGUUCCAUUCAGAGGCUUGUUUAUCAUUGAUCCCAAACAAAAUGUUAGACAGGUCACUGUUAAUGACUUACCAGUAGGCAGAUCUGUAGAUGAAACCUUGAGAUUGGUUCAGGCCUUCCAAUUUACUGAUGAACACGGAGAAGUUUGCCCAGCUGGCUGGAGACCUGGUAGUAAAACUAUGAAAGCGGAACCAAAACUUUCUAAGGAAUAUUUUAAUGCUGUAAAUCACUAAUUACAAUUUAUAUAUAAUAUACGUUUCUCGUUACUUUUA